AUGGCCUCUAACUUAACACUUCCCAAAGGAAGCCUAGUCCUGAUUACAGGCGUCAACGGCUUCAUCGCUGGGCACCUAGCCAAACAACUCCUGACACAAGGAUAUCGCGUGCGCGGCACUGUGAGAAACGCGCAAAAGUCAAAAUGGCUCGUUGACGAUCUCUUCAAGAGCGAAGCAUCUCAGGGGUUAUUUGAACUCGCCACCGUCGAAGAUAUGGCGGUGGAAGGGUCGUUUGACACCGCGAUCCGCGGAGUCGAUGGUGUUGCUCACGUCGCGACCGUCGCGACUUGGGAUCCAAAUCCGAACAACGUGGUUCCGCAGACCGUUGCCGGCGUGGUCAAUAUUCUGAAGGCAGCGGCCAAGGAAUCCUCGGUCAAGAGCUUCGUCUUCACUUCUUCCAUCGUCGCAGCUGCGAUGCCCAUGCCCGAAACACGAUUCCACGUCGAUGAAAAGAGCUGGAACGACGCCGCUGUGUCGAUGGCGUGGGCGCCGCCGCCAUACGAUGCCAGCCGCAGCAUGAUUACCUAUGUGGCGAGCAAGGUCGAGGCGGAGAAGGCGAUAUGGAAGUUCGUUGAGGAGGAGAAGCCCCAAUUCAGAACGAAUGCCGUGCUGCCCUAUACUGUCUUUGGGCCUCUGCUUCACGCACAGCAGAAUGCGUCAACGGACGCAUGGCUUUUUACACUGUAUGCUGGUAACACCGAAGCGACUGAGAUGAUGAAAGCGAGUCAGUCCAUCCACGUCGAAGACGUCGCACUCCUCCACGCCGCAGCCAUCCUCGAUCCCUCAGUGAAGAACAGACGGAUCCAUGCCUGGUCAGACGAGUUCAUCUGGAACGACGUGCUUGCCAUCUUCCGUAAAUUGCAGCCCAAUCGGCAGUUCAUCGACGAUCUGCCUGACAAGGCAAGAAUGACGGCCACAGUGGAUGAUAAAUUGACAAAGGAUCUUCUGAAGAAAUGGGGUGGCCGGGACGGUCCUUUUGGCUUGGAGCGAAGUGUUAAAGAUGCAAUUGAGGGGAUCCAGCCCAGUUCUGUUUGA